CAACACCACAAAUCCUUUUUCCUUUAUUUAUUUUCCAAGUCUGUAUUAACCCAAAAAAAAAAAAAAAAGAUUACACUACAAUACUUCUUUGGUGCAAACAAAAAGACUUGAAAGAGAGAAAAAAGAAAGUAAGAAUCUCUUGUAUCUUCUCUCCAGAUGAGGAUCCGUAAACGGCAAGUGCCUCUUCCUCUUUCGUCUCUAUUACCUGUUCCUCUCUCAGAUCUCUACUUUAACCGGUCACCGACGGCCACCGCUCGCUACUUUUGCGGCCAAGACAGAGACGGGGUUCUUGCUUCUCUUCUCCAGCUUUCACAACCGCCUGCGCCGGUUUCUCCACCGAAUCAGGAGAAAGCUUUGGAUGAUGAUGGUGUAAAGAGUAGUACUGAUGCAUCGGGCAGCAAGAACGUUAAUCCCGCAGGAGAAUCCAAUUCUUCAACACAAGUCGUCGAGGAGAAUGAAAAUGUUGUUACUCUAAGGAAGAGAAGAGGCUUUAUAAGCUUCCAUGAUGAGGAAGAAGAAGAAGCUAGUGGCGGUGGUGGUGGUAAUAAAGGAAAAAAGAAAGCCAAGAAGAGCGGUGUGUUAGAGGAAGGAUCACGGUGCAGCCGCGUCAACGGUAGAGGAUGGAGAUGCUGUCAGCAAACUCUUUAUGGGUAUUCUCUUUGUGAGCAUCAUCUUGGUAAAGGAAGAGUAAGGAGCAUGAACAAGAGUGCUGGCCGUCGUGGCGGCCGAGAGAAAAAGGCAGUGGUGGUGGAAGUGAAGAGCAAGAGAGUGAAGCUUGGGAUGGUGAAGGCCCGUUCGAUAAGUACUUUGCUUGGACAAGCCAGCACAAGUAGUGGUACUGCUGAGAGUGAGAUAAGUGCACUUGCUGAUCUGUUUGCUGCUUCUGAUAAGUAAGUAUGUCGAUCAGCAUUUACAGUUUUAUGUAUAUUUUUUUAUGUACAUGAUGAUAAUGGACAUAUCCCUCUAUGUUUUGGGUGUGUGAACAUUGUUUGUAGAUUGAUCGAUGACGUAAUGGUUCUAUAUGCAUCUUUGAAAACGG